AUGAUUAAAUUAUUUAAAGAAGAAGGUAAAACAAUAACAGCAUGGGAUGUACUAUUAAAUCAAUUGUCUUCAUUAACCGUUAAGGGUGUUUGCUUUAAAUCUGAUUCCCCAGAUGUUUUCUCAACGUUUCAAGGUUAUAAAUACAACAUUCUUGAAAAGCCUGAUUACUCAAAAAUUGAGAUGUUUAUGAAUUUCAUUAAAGAAGCCAUUUGUGAUAAUAACGAUGAAGUGUAUAAAUACCUUCUCGGCUGGAUUGCAUCAAUGAUUCAACAUCCUGGAAUCAAGAAUGAAACAGCAAUUAUUUUGAAAGGACUUCAGGGAACAGGUAAAAACAGAUUUACAGAUAUUAUUUCUGAACUUCUCGCUGGUUAUUCAUGUAAAAACAUUACUGAAAUAGGUGAGCUAACGGGUAAUUUCAACUCAGUUGUUGAAAAUAAAAUGUUUCUUGUACUUAAUGAACUCAAGAAUGUUGGUGAAGAUAGACUCGCAAACUUCAACGCUUUGAAAUCAAUUAUUACGGAUAAUGAGAUUAGAAUUAAUGAAAAGAAUCAACCCAGAAGAACAGCACAGAACGUUGCAAACUUCAUUUUCGUAACUAAUAACGUCUACCCUGUCAAAAUUGAAGUUGGAGACAGAAGAUACGUAGUUUUAAGGGUUAAUGGUAAAUUUAAGGGUCAAUUUGAUUACUUCAAGAAUUUAAUGGAUUCAUGCACUAAGGAAUUUUAUGAUAAUUUACUGACGUAUUUUAUGCAAUAUGACCUUUCAUCAUUUAAUGUACGAAUCAUACCGAUGACUGAAGCCAAACAAGAUUUAAUCGAGUUAUCAACAAAUCCUUUAGAUGUAUGGAUAAAUACACAUUAUGAUGAAUUGUGUGCAGGUAUGACAUGUAAAAAUGCUCUAUUCUGCAAACCAUCAGACAUGAAAGACAAAAACUUUCAAAUGAGUAUUAAGGAUAAAUGUGAUAAGAAACAGAGAAGAAUAGAUGGUAAACAGACAUGGCAUUAUGUUUUGAAAGAAGAAAUGAAAGGAUUAUAUAAACAGGUUGAACCAAACGAUAAUGAGGAAUCAUUUACUGACGAUGAAAUACCUGUAAAUGAAGCUUUAUAA